CGCACAGCUCUGAACGGGUUGAACAUAGUCCUUUAGCUUAUAAUCCUCCUUUCUUCGCAUUAUUGAGUCAGAGAACAUUGUUCUUCAACUCACUUUACCCUCACAUUUGCUUUUCAGUCGGGCCGAGAUUAGCGCAUCAGGGAACCCCCUUCCCGAAGCUUAGUGCCUCCUCCCACUUUCUCCCAACGGGGCCAUCAUGUCUAUGGCAUAUAACUCGACAGUCACACGCAAUAUAGAUAUGAGCAGGACCGAAGCCGAUUUGGCCGUGAACAUCCGCAAAGCCACGAGCAUUGAGGAGACGGCACCCAAACGGAAACAUGUUCGGAGUUGCAUUGUGUAUACGUGGGACCACAAAUCCUCCGCUUCAUUCUGGGCGGGCAUGAAAGUGCAGCCGGUUUUGGCAGAUGAGGUCCAGACGUUUAAAGCGCUUAUAACCGUCCAUAAAGUGUUGCAGGAAGGUCAUCCGAUUACGGUUAAAGAAGCCCAAUCCCAUGUUCCGUGGCUAGAUAGCCUGGUACGAGGCGUGGCUGGCGAGGGUCUUCGGGGAUAUGGUCCGUUGAUCCGUGAAUAUGUUUUUUACUUGGAGUCCAAGCUUGCAUUUCAUCGUCAGCAUCCUGAAUUCAAUGGUUUGUUUGAAUAUGAGGAAUAUAUCAGUCUCAAAUCCAUAAAUGAUCCAAACGAAGGAUAUGAGACAAUUACCGAUCUUAUGGCUUUACAGGACCAGAUUGAUGCUUUCCAAAAGCUUAUUUUUUCUCAUUUCCGCGGCGGAGCCAACAAUGAAUGCAGGAUAUCAGCGCUGGUGCCUCUGGUACAAGAAAGUUACGGGAUAUAUAAAUUCAUCACCAGCAUGCUAAGGGCCAUGCACACAACCACCGGAGAUGAAGAGGCAUUGGAGCCUCUCCGAGGAAGAUACGACGCGCAGCAUUACCGACUUGUUAGAUUCUACUACGAGUGCUCAAAUUUAAGAUAUUUGACCAGUCUGAUUACCGUACCCAAGCUCCCACAACAACCUCCAAAUCUUCUUGCUGAGGACGAAGAUCGGCCAGCCCUUCCCAAGAGACCAUCUAAGGAGGUGGAAAAAGAACCGACACCACCCCCGAAAUCGACCAUCCCAGACCCCGAACCCAUUAAUGACUUCUGGUCAACGGAAGCCAAGCGUCAACAGGAAGAAUAUGAAGCCGAACAGCGUAGGCUCCAACAACAGUGGGAAGACCAGCAACGACAGCAAAUGCUUGCGCAGCAGCAGGCCCAAAGAGAUUUUGAAGAACAACAGAGAUUGCAGGCAGAGCAACAAAGGCUGGCUCAAGAACAACUGCUCCGGGACCAAUACCAGCAACAAACCCAAGGCCGUUUAGCUGAACUUGAGCAAGAAAAUCUCAACGCGCGUGCACAGUAUGAGCGAGAUCAACUCCUGUUACAACAGUACGAUAAACGAGUGAAAGAUUUGGAGGAACAGCUUAACCAGCUAAAUUCCAAUUAUAACCUUCAAAACACUUCCAAAGACGACCAGAUCCGUGCGCUGCAAGAACAAGUCAACACUUGGAGGUCAAAGUACGAAGCCCUUGCGAAACUCUAUUCCCAACUGCGCCAGGAACACCUCGACUUGCUGCAAACGACAAAAUCCUUGAAGCUCAAGGCUGCUUCUGCCCAAGAAGCAAUCGACAAGCGAGAGAGGCUCGAGCGCGAGAUGAAAACUAAAAACCUAGAACUCGCCGAUAUGAUCAGAGAACGAGACAGAGCACUCCACGAGAAGGAUCGUAUCUCUGGCGGAAACAAGGAGGAGCUUGAGAAGGUCAAGCGUGAAUUGCGCUUGGCCAUUGAAAGAGCCGAAAACGCAGAACGUGCGAAGAGCUCCGAGAUAUCUGCCAUGCUUUCGAAGUAUAAUAGGGAAAUGGCUGAUCUUGAAGAAGCCCUAAGGAAUAAGAAUCGGGCGCUUGAGGAAGCGCGUAAUAGCACGGGUGAGCGUGAUCACGACCACGAAUUGACAUUACGAGAAAAGGACGAGGAGAUCGAAGUCUACAAGUCCGGAAUGGAGCAAGCCUUGAUGGAGCUUGAAGAACUGAAGCUGAACCAAGGAGAUGUCGAUAAGGCACUAGACACCCAAAUUGACGACGUACUCCUGAGCUCCGUUACCAAGAUCAAUGACAUUAUAGACUCUGUGCUGCAGAGUGGAGUUCAACGUGUAGACGAUGCGUUGUAUGAACUCGAUUCAACGAUGCAGGCUGGCAACCAGAACGCCUCCCCGCCCUAUGUUCUCUCACAGAUCGAGAAGGCCUCCGCGAGUGCCACCGAGUUUUCAACGGCGUUCAAUAACUUCAUCGCCGAUGGACCUAACAGUGCGCAUUCCGAGAUUAUUCGCACCGUCAGUGUGUUCUCCGGUUCUAUAGCGGAUGUUCUCAGCAACACUAAGGGAUUGACACGCUUUGCCACGGAUGAUAAGAAGGCAGACCAGCUUAUCAAUGCCGCUCGACAGUCGGCACAGUCAACAAUGACCUUCUUCCGAGCAUUGCAGUCCUUCCGGUUGCAGGAUCUAGAACCCCUCCAAAAGACCGACGUUGUUAUCAACAACAAUCACGAGGUUGCGCUAAACUUACAAAAGCUCUCUAAGCUAGUGGAUGCGUUUGCUCCAAAGAGCACCAAGCUCAAUGGAACAGGAGACCUCGGUGACCUCGUCGACCGCGAAUUGUCUAAUGCGGCGAACGCAAUCGAAGCAGCGGCUGCGCGACUCGCCAAGCUCAAGAAAAAGCCGAGAGACGGAUACUCCACAUACGAGCUACGUAUCCACGACUCCAUCCUCGAAGCGUCGAUUGCCGUGACGACUGCCAUCGCCGAGCUUAUCAAGGCAGCCACGGCGUCCCAGCAGGAGAUUGUUAGAGAAGGCCGUGGUAGCUCCUCACGGACGGCUUUUUACAAGAAAAACAACCGGUGGACGGAAGGAUUGAUCUCGGCCGCGAAGGCUGUGGCCACGUCGACCAACACGUUGAUCGAGACCGCCGAUGGGGUGAUCUCUGGAAGAAACUCACCGGAGCAACUGAUCGUGGCCAGCAAUGAUGUUGCCGCAAGCACUGCUCAGCUCGUCGCGGCUAGCCGUGUCAAGGCGACGUUCAUGAGCAAGACCCAGGACCGCCUGGAGACGGCGAGCAAGGCAGUCGGAGCUGCAUGCAGGGCGCUUGUGCGGCAAGUACAGGCUAUCAUCGCAGAGAAGAACCGCGAUGAGACGGAGGCAGUUGAUUACUCCAAGCUCAGUGGUCACGAGUUCAAGGUCCGCGAGAUGGAGCAGCAGGUUGAAAUCCUCCAACUGGAGAACAAACUUUCGCAGGCAAGGCAGCGUCUUGGGGAAAUGAGAAAGAUAUCGUAUCUAGAGUAAUCUACCUGGAACGGCGGGGGAAAGGGGAUCUCUUCCGCAAUCGGGUCUUCUACAAGCUUCUACGGAGGGAUAGUUUUGUCUUUCAACAUGCCAAAUACCAACUUUUCGCGACUCUGCCACAUUUUGCGACGAGGAGGGAGGCCGAGUUUGCUGCUUUCCGAGUCAUAUACCCGGAUUACCUUUUUUUUUUUUUUUUUUUUGCAACGCCUGGGUAUCUCCCUUCCCCUCUAGGGUUGCCUGCAGUACAGUUUUUAGGCGGAAAGCAAAACGUGUGUAUACGUGUAUAUAUGUGUGUGUCCUCCGUAUCUAGACUGAAAACCAUGUUUCUCGUAUCUUUCGA